CAGGCUGGGGCAGGAGGAUGGUGGAGAUGCUGCCAACUGCCAUUCUGUUGGUCUUGGCAGUGUCUGUGGUUGCCAGAGAUAACGCCACGUGUGAUGGCCCCUGUGGGUUACGGUUCAGGCAGAACCCACAGGGGAGCAUCCGUAUCGUUGGAGGGCAGGACGUGGCACUCGGGGCCUGGCCCUGGAUGGUCAGCCUCCAGGUCUUCACUCCGCACAACAACCGGAGGUAUCACGCGUGCGGAGGCACCCUGCUGAACUCCCACUGGUUGCUUACAGCUGCUCACUGCUUCGGCUCCAAAAAAAAAGUAUAUGACUGGAGACUGAUUUUUGGAGCAAAGGAAAUUGUGUAUGGGAACAAUAAACCAGUGAAGCCGCCUCAACAGGAGAGAUAUGUCGAGAAAAUCGUCAUCCAUGAGAAAUACGUCCCCAGUUUAGAGUACAAUGACAUUGCUCUCUUGAAGAUCACCCCUCCUGUUCCCUGUGGGCAGUUCAUCGGACCCGGCUGCCUGCCCCAGUUUAGGGCAGGCCCACCCAGAGUCCCCGAGGUCUGCUGGGUGGCUGGCUGGGGAUUCUUAAAAGAGAAUGCCUACAGGACGUCACCUACGCUGCAGGAGGCGCGUGUGAACCUCAUCGAUCUCGACUUAUGUAACUCCACCCAGUGGUACAACGGGCGCAUCCGGUCCACCAACGUGUGCGCAGGGUACCCUGAAGGCAAGAUUGACACAUGCCAGGGGGACAGCGGCGGGCCUCUCAUGUGCAGAGACAACGUGGCAAAUACCUAUGUGGUCGUGGGAAUCACAAGCUGGGGGGUAGGCUGUGCCCGAGCUAAGCGCCCCGGAGUCUACACGGCCACCUGGCCCUAUCUGAGCUGGAUUGCUUCCAAGAUCGGUUCUAAUGCCUUGCACAUGGCUCAGGUGCCCACCCCUCCCCAUCCCACUACUCCAGCACCCCCAGCUAGACCCCCCUCUCCCCGCCCUCCUGGUCGCCCUCCUUGGUACUUCCAACGCCCUCCUCAACCACUUCCCCUCCGUCCCCCUGCAUCUCAACCUCCUCGACCUCAACCCAAACCCCCAGCCCCACCUGCACCCCCAUCUCUACCUCCAGCUCCACCCUCGCCCCCACCUCCACCCCCACUCCCUCCUGCACCCUCACCUAUCACUAAACCUGUUCAAGUACUUUCUUUUGCCAAGCGACUACAGCAACUCAUAGAGAUCUUGAAGGGGAAGACCUUUUCUAGCGCAAAGGGGUAUUAUGAGAUGGAGACCACAGACCUCCCUGAACUGACCGCCGUUUCCUGAUCUGACCCCAUUCCCAAGAGACCCAGUGAGCCCUUCACUCCUGAGAAAGAAAGAUGAAAUAAAUAACUAUAACUUUAUAACUAUAAAUAUAAC